AUGGGAUGGAUUAAAAUUUUUUGAGUGGGAAACAGGGCCUAAACAAAAACGGAGCUGCAUCAUCCACUUGAUCACAUGGGCCGGACUGCCACGUGACCAAAUACAAAUAGGCCCUAAAACGCUGCUGCGGUCGGAAUAAAGUGUGUCCGAGCUGACUGACAGGGUGGUGCUCCACACAUCACAUGCGCGCAGCGGACCAUCAUAUCUGUCCUUGGAUAUAAUUAAUUUUUACUAGACGCCAGCCGGCAACCCCGGCGGCCGGCCGGCCACAUUUUUUUUACUGCGAGAGGUUACUUCUUCGUCUUGCUCUAUCUGGCGGCACUUUGCACCACCAUUAGCGCUUCUUCCAGCUCAAAAUGCGAGCAAAGAUCGAGCAGAAACGCAGCAGCCUGCGGCAUCGGCUGCUGCGCAUCUUGUCCGAUCUGCCGGUGCACAAGCUCCACCAGCUCGUCGUCACCCCGGCCGCGGCGUCGCUGCCGGCGCUCGCCGUCGUCGCCCUCGUCCUCUUCCUCGCCACGGCGCGCCGCCCGUGGUCCUUCCUCGACGCGUACCGCUCCGGCGUCUCCCUUCCUGCUUCUCCGUCGUCCAGGCCCCACCCCGCCGCCGCGCGGGUCCGGGUGCCCAGCGGGUGCGACAUCUUCCGGCCGGGCGAGUGGGUCCCCGACGACGACGCGCCCUACUACACCAACCUCACCUGCCCGUUCAUCCAGGAGCACCAGAACUGCAUGAAGUACGGCCGCCCCGACCGCGGCUUCCUCCGCUGGCGGUGGCGACCCGACGGCUGCGACCUGCCCCGCUUCGACGCCGCCGCGUUCUUCGACGCCGUCCGGAACUCGUCGCUGGCGUUCGUCGGCGACUCGCUCGCCAGGAACCACAUGCAGUCCCUCAUGUGCCUACUGUCCAAGGUGGCGCACCCCAAAGACAUCUCGACGACGACGAAUCCAGAGUUCCGGACGAUGCGCUACGAGGCGUACAACUUCACCAUGGCCAUCUUCUGGUCGCCGUUCUUGGUCCGGGGGCACCAGCCGGACCCGCGGCGGUGGAUGUGGGACAUCUACCUGGACGAGCCGGACGCGGAGUGGCGCGACGCCGUGUCGGGCUUCGACCGCGUGGUGCUCUCGACGGCGACCUGGUUCACCCGGCCGGCCAUGUUCUACGCGGGCGGCGGGCGCGUCGUCGGGUGCCACUACUGCCUCGUCCGGGGCGUCCCGGACCUGACGCUGCGCUACUCCCUGCGCAUGGCGCUCCGCACCGCGCUCCGCGUGCUGACGGCGGGGCCCCGCCGGAUCAAAGGGACGGUGAUCCUGCGGACGCUGUCGCCGACGUCGCACUUCGAGGGCGGCGAGUGGGACCGCGGCGGGGACUGCCGCCGGACGCGGCCGUCGGCGGCCAACGAGACGCGGGUGGCCGGGCUGGACCUGGACCUCCACGCGGUGCAGGUGGAGGAGUUCGCCAGGGCCAAGGCGGAGGCGGAGGCCAGCGGCGGGGGAACGACGAGGCUGGUGCUGAUGGACACCACGGCGGCGAUGGUGCUCCGGCCCGACGGCCACCCGAGCCGGUACGGGCACUGGCCGCACGAGAAGGUGACGCUGUACAAUGACUGCGUGCACUGGUGCCUGCCCGGACCCAUCGACGCCUGGAACGACAUGCUGCUCCAGAUGCUCCUCCAGGAUCCGUCGUGAUCCAUUCACGCUGACGCAACUCCACAUUACGUAGCCGUGGGUGUGUUUCUUCCGCUCCGCUCCUUUUUGUUGUCCCAAGAAAAAACAAACUAAACUAAUUGAGCGUGAAAAUUUACAAAACUACUAGAUCGACACAUAGGAGAGUACUGUCCAGUGCCCACUGUUGUGCAUA